AAAGAUUGAACGCUUUAUUGCAACACUCGGGCGUUCUUCACGGCAUGUGGCCCCUCUCUUCUCUCUCUCUCUGAAGAACUGAGAAGCUGGCCAUCUUUGUUCUUCUUGUUUGUUGUUGUUGGUGUUGAAUAUAUGCCCACCCAGUAAAGAAAUAUAUAGCAGACUAGAGUAGUAGAAGAGACUAGUGAUUAUUCUUAUUAUGGGGGAGCAACCAGUCCAUGUUCUCGUCGUCGACGACUCCUUGAUUGACCGCACAAUCGUCUCCAAGCUCCUCAGAGCUUCCGCCUUCAAAGUUACUACUGUAGGAAGUGGAAAGAAAGCACUAGAGCUUCUUGGAAUGGAAGAAGAGAAGUCUGUUAAAGAUCAUGAUGUUAACAUAGUUCUUACUGAUUAUUGUAUGCCUGAGAUGAAUGGACAUGAUCUUCUAGUUGCCAUAAAGGAGGACAGCCGCUUGAAAUCAAUUCCGGUGGUAAUAAUGUCUUCUGAAUUUAAUCCACAGAGAAUCAGCGGGUGUCUCACAGAUGGUGCUGAAGAGUUCUUGCAGAAACCUCUGAAAGUAAAGGACUUGGAAAAUUUAAAGAGUUAUGCAAAGCCAGCAGUUCCAGUACCCAAAAUAGGAACAAAGCGAAAAGCUGUAGUUGAUUUGAUGCCAGAAAGUAAUGAAGCAGUACGGCGGCCUCGCUAUGCUGGAGUUUCUGUCGCAUAAUUGAAUGUCAGUAUUCCCGCAACAGGAGAUCUCCAAAUGGUUCCCACGAGUAACUUCCAGGGUGGUCUGUUAAUAGGUUGAGGUUUUUAGCUAGAUGAUCUCUUCUUCCUUUUUGUUGGUGUUUGGUGAUGCGAGUUUUGCUAUAUAAAUGUGCUACAAUUGCUUGUAAUAUAGAGUUAUAGACCCUUCCAUUUAACAAAUUAUUCCACUUGCUUGUUCCUAUCCGACUUUGUUCUUGAUACCCACAUUGAAUGAAGUACUUUUCUAAAGCUA